AUGACGGGUGGGGGGAUUACAUGGCCGAAUGGGAGUGGUGACGUGAUGCGAUACCGCCAACUCCUCCGCCGCCGCCGCCCGCCUCUUCCGGAUUUCAAACCCAUGUCGGAACCCCAAAGCAAGGAGCGACCUUUCAUCCCCCUCUCUCUCCUCUCACCCAGAGAAAGAACGUGCGGGCCUCGUUUGACCGUGCGCCGAAACCACUUGCAAUCCUUCUUUUUGGCCUACCCCGUCGUAUAUUCGCGGAAUGAGAGGAGGGCGUCGAGGAAGUUCGACGCCAAAAAUGGCCCGCCACCGGCGGCACCUUCACCUGCCCCUCCCCGUGAAGUGGCUUCUGACACGAGCACCGAGUUGAGCGGAACGCCAGCAAAUGGCACGCCCAAGUCACAGACCACUGCGCCCGAGGCAUCCACCUUUAAGGAGGCCAGCAACGAUAAUAUCGCAGCUCAAACGUUCACUUUCCGCGAGCUCGCGUCGGCUACCAAAAAUUUCCGCCCUGAGAGUCUUCUCGGCGAAGGCGGGUUUGGAAGAGUUUACAAAGGGCGCCUCGACAAACCCGGUCAGGUUGUGGCUGUGAAGCAACUGGACAGAAGUGGCCUUGAGGGCAACAAAGAAUUCCUCGUUGAGGUUCUAAUGCUCAGUCUCCUCCACCAUCAGAACCUGGUCAGCCUGAUUGGAUACUGCGCGGACGGAGAUCAGAGGAUGUUGGUAUACGAGUACAUGCCUCUUGGCUCCUUAGAAGAUCAUUUGCUCGAGAUCAGUCCGGAUCAAGAACCACUCACUUGGUACACCAGGAUGAAGAUAGCUUUGGGUGCCGCCAAAGGCUUGGAGUACCUGCACCAGAAAGCCAACCCCCCCGUCAUCUUCCGCGAUCUCAAGUCAUCCAACAUCUUGCUCGACGAGGACUAUGACGCGAAGCUCUCCGACUUCGGGCUCGCCAAGCUUGGCCCUGUGGGAGACGAGCUACAUGUCUCCUCCAGGGUCAUGGACACGUACGGCUACUGCGCGCCGGAGUACGCCAGAACCGGUCAGCUCACCCUGAAGUCCGAUGUGUACAGUUACGGGGUCGUCUUGCUGGAGCUGAUAACAGGGAGGCGAGCCAUCGACACCACCAGACCGACGGACGAACAGAAUCUGGUCACCUGGGCACAACCGAAGUUCAGGGAUCAGAUGAGGUACCGCGAGCUGGUCGAUCCGCUUCUUCGGGGGGAGUACGCCGAGAGAGGGCUGAAUCAGGCUGUCGCCGUGGCGGCUAUGUGCCUGCAGGAGGAGGCUGAGGUGCGCCAGUUCAAGGCACGGCCAGGGGAACCUCCAUGAAGCCGGAGCUUAGUUCUCCGCUCUAGUCUCUUUCUCCUUUGCUUCCUCGAGUGGAUCGAUGGGCCAAGAAGAAGUCGAUUCUUAGCUUUCACUGUAGCAAUCGUGUGCAUACGUUCAUGAUUGGCAUCUGUCGCUGCACCAUAUGCAUGCCGUGGGUGACAUGAUGGAUUCACGGCUUUUAAGCA